UCCAAUAUUCCGAAAACUGCACGCACGAUUAGCGGCAGUCAACUAGUCAUAUCAAUGCAAGGAGCGCGAAGAGGCGAGUAGUAGUCUAGAGGAGUGCUAAGCCACCGUUAAUAGACAGUUUAGAAUCUAGAUCCUUUGGGAAACUCUGAACCAAUCGCAUUGGAUUAAAAUUCGCCGGUAAAUGACCUUCUUCUCCGACGCCUCUGCUUCUUCAUUGGUUCGCCUCAAUAUCGGAGGGAAGAAAUUUUGCACCACAGUGGAUACCCUGACACAGCGUGAGCCUGAUUCAAUGCUUGCUGCGAUGUUCAGUGGUCGGCACACUCUCUGCCAGGAAUCUGAAAAGGGAUAUAUUUUUGUUGACAGGGAUGGAAAACACUUUCGGCAUAUUCUAAAUUGGUUGAGGGAUGGUGUUGUCCCCACUCUGAAAGAUUUUGAAUAUUCAGAACUUUUGCGAGAGGCAGAGUACUACCAACUUCUUGGACUGGCUGAUGGAAUUAUAGCUGCAUUAAGUAAGAGGAAGGAGGAAGAGGAGUUGGUUUCUGAAUUGACACGCACUGAUAUCAUCAAAUGCAUACAAUCUGAAAGAGUCAGAUUUCGUGGGGUUAAUCUUUCUGGCCUUGACCUUUCUAAAUUGGACCUGUCCUUUGUCGACUUCAGUUAUGCAUGUCUUAAAAAUGUGUUUUUUUCACGUGCAAAUCUUCAGUGUGCAAAAUUCAAGGAUGUGGAUGCUGAGGCUUCCAUUUUCCAUAAUGCCACAUUACGCGAAUGUGAAUUUACUGGAGCAAACCUCCGCGGAGCUUUAUUAGCUGGUGCAAAUCUUCAGAGUGCAAACUUACAGGAUGCCUGUCUAAUAGACUGCAGCUUUUGUGGUGCAGAUUUACGAUCAGCGCACCUGCAGACAGCUGAUCUUACUAAUGCCAACUUGGAAGGAGCCAAUUUAGAGGGAGCCAAUCUGAAGGGUGCAAAGUUAACAAAUGCUAAUCUAAAGGGCGCAAACCUUCAAAGAGCUUAUCUUCGACAUGUCAAUCUUCGUGAUACACAUCUGGAAGGAGCAAAACUUGACGGAGCCAACCUACUGGGAGCAAUCAGAUAAGUGUAAUGUCAACAUGACAAUGUUGAUUUCGUUUCGUUAUCAUCAAAACCACCAUCUAUCCACCCCUACCAGAAUGGAAUCUCUAUUUAUUUGAUGCUGUAAAAUACAUGUAGAGAAAGUAUGUAUAGCUAAUUAUCAAACGUGGGUGAAUUGUGUUUACUGGCU